AGGUCCCCACCACUGCUGGGCCCCGGAAAUGCCCUUUGCCAUCUCCAGAGCACAUGGCCUGUGAUUUUCCUUGAACACAGCACUUUGUGAUGUUGACGUAAACUUCAAACGCGGCCCCCUUUCCUGUGUUCGCAUUAAGGAAACAGGCUGAGUUUCAGAGAAAGCCACUGUCAGUAGCACAGGCCUUCCGGCCCAGGUCUCUGCCCUGCUUGGGCCUGGUGCUGCCUCUGGCACAUCCAGGUGAGUGGCUGUCCUGGGCCUUCUGCCCCUGUCCUGCCACCACUGCCACUCUGAGGGCCUUGGGGUACCUGGCAGAGGGUGAAUAAAACUCCCCCUGAAUGAGAAACCCCGAUGGGGCGCGAUCUCCUUAGACCUCGACUAUGUGUGUGAAGGGGCUGGUGGGUUACAGAGAAACUCAAGUUGGAUUUUUGGGCCCCAUUUCUUCAUCUAGAACCAGCUGUCUGUCGCUGUUGGGGACAGAGACACCAGGUCUGCACAGGCUCUACGAGGCGCAGGGCGCGCCCCAUGGACGGGGUUCAGGCUCUACGAGGCUCAGGGCCACCCUGCGCGCGGCUGCGGCGGCGAUGCCCGACCCUGCGGCGCACCUGCCCUUCUUCUACGGCAGCAUCUCGCGCGCCGAGGCCGAGGACCACCUGAAGCUGGCGGGCAUGUCGGACGGGCUGUUCCUGCUGCGCCAGUGCCUGCGCUCGCUGGGCGGCUACGUGCUCUCGCUGGUGCACGACGUGCGCUUCCACCACUUCCCGGUGGAGCGCCAGCUCAACGGCACCUACGCCAUCGCGGGCGGCAAGGCGCACUGCGGGCCCGCCGAGCUCUGCGAGUUCUACUCGCGCGACGCCGACGGGCUGCCCUGCAACCUGCGCAAGCCGUGCAACCGGCCGCCGGGCCUCGAGCCCCAGCCCGGGGUCUUCGACAGUCUGCGCGACGCCAUGGUGCGCGACUACGUGCGCCAGACCUGGAAGCUGGAGGGCGAGGCGCUGGAGCAGGCCAUCAUCAGCCAGGCCCCGCAGGUGGAGAAGCUCAUCGCCACCACGGCCCACGAGCGGAUGCCCUGGUACCACACCAAUCUGACGCGUGAAGAGGCCGAGCGCAAACUCUACUCGGGGGCUCAGACCGACGGCAAGUUCCUGCUGAGGCCCCGGAAGGAGCAGGGCACGUACGCGCUGUCCCUGAUCUACGGGAAAACCGUGUACCACUACCUCAUCAGCCAGGACAAGGCCGGCAAGUACUGCAUUCCUGAGGGAACCAAGUUUGACACUCUCUGGCAGCUGGUAGAGUACCUGAAGCUGAAGGCUGAUGGGCUCAUCUACUGCCUCAAGGAGGCCUGUCCUAACUCCAGUGCCAGUGCUGCCUCAGGGGCCGCUGCUCCCACACUCCCAGCCCAUCCAUCCACGCUCACCCAGCCUCAGAGACGGAUGGACACCCUCAACUCAGAUGGAUACACCCCUGAGCCAGCACGCCCAGUGUCCUCGGAGAAAACGGAGAAAAAGCGACCGCUGCCCAUGGACACGAGUGUGUACGAGAGCCCCUACAGCGACCCCGAGGAGCUCAAGGACAAGAAGCUCUUCCUGAAGCGCGAGAACCUCCUCGUGGCUGACCUCGAACUCGGCUGCGGCAACUUCGGCUCAGUCCGCCAGGGCGUCUACCGCAUGCGCAAGAAGGAGAUCGACGUGGCCAUCAAGGUGCUGAAGCAGAGCACGGAGAAGGCCGACAAGGACGAGAUGAUGCGGGAGGCACACAUCAUGCACCAGCUGGACAACCCCUACAUCGUGCGGCUCAUCGGCGUCUGCCAGGCCGAGGCGCUCAUGCUGGUCAUGGAGCUGGCGGGCGGCGGGCCCCUGCACAAGUUCCUGGCCGGAAAGAAGGAGGAGAUCCCUGUCAGCAACGUGGCAGAGCUGCUGCACCAGGUGACCAUGGGGAUGAGAUACCUGGAGGAGAAGAACUUCGUACAUCGUGACCUGGCGGCCCGCAACGUCCUGCUGGUCAACCGGCACUAUGCAAAGAUCAGCGACUUUGGCCUCUCCAAGGCUCUGGGUGCCGACGACAGCUACUACACCGCUCGCUCAGCGGGGAAGUGGCCGCUCAAGUGGUACGCGCCCGAGUGCAUCAACUUCCGCAAGUUCUCCAGCCGCAGCGACGUCUGGAGCUUCGGGGUCACCAUGUGGGAAGCCUUCUCCUAUGGACAGAAGCCCUACAAGAAGAUGAAGGGCCCCGAGGUCAUCACCUUCAUCGAGCAGGGCAAGCGGAUGGAGUGCCCAGCAGAGUGUCCGCCUGAGAUGUACACACUCAUGAGAGACUGCUGGACCUACAAGUGGGAGGACCGCCCAGACUUCCUGACCGUGGAGCAGCGCAUGCGGACCUACUACUACAGCUUGGCCAGCAGGGCUGAGGGGCCUGAGGGAUGUGGGCAGGGGGCCGAGGCUGCAUGUGGCUGAGCUCCAGCCUGCCCCAGGGCCUGCAGACCCCUACCUCGGACCCCCAUGCCCCAGCUUUGUCUCCCCUGCCAGCCCCCAGCCUUAUCCCAGGACCUUCAGUCUGGCUGGGGCUGGCUCAGUUCCUCUCUCUCCCCAGCUGGGCCAUGGUAAGAGGGCACCUAAGGCCUCAGGCCCACAUCAGCCUACCAUCCCCCAGCUGGCCAUCUGUCCUCUCCAGUUAAGGAUUUGGAGGAGGGAAGACCCUGAGAGGGUGGGGCUCUCUGGAGCUGAGGGCGUUGCUUACACCAAGGACCCUCCCCGGGCUUCAAAUAGGCUCACUCCAGUUCAAACCCCUGCUGAGGGUUUGCAUUUCUAACAAGUUCCCGGGAAACUAUAGGUAAGAAUCACCUGGGGACCUUGUUAACGUGUAUUUUGAUUCAGUAUAUCUGGGAGAAAAGGCAAAUUCUCAGCAGGGGUUCGAACUGGAAUGAACCAUUCUAAGCCCUGGACCCUUCUCCUCUGGGCUCUGAAGGGGAAGCCUUGGAAUUCUCAGGUAGCAAGCCCUCAGUCAUUGGAAUAAACUCGGCUUCUCUCUGGUUUGCGUGCCCUCAUCUUUUCUGGGGUGAGGGUGGAAGCUGGGAAAGGGAACUUGGUCGUUGGGAGGGGCUGAUGAGAAGAAAUGCCUGAACACGUUGCCCAGCCUGAAGGCCCCCCGGGAGGAUGGGACUGGCUUC